CUUGCCGCUAAAGAAGUCUUCGGUAUUCCCAUGCUAGUCAUGGUUGGAUGGCGUGGCAAACCUGGGGAAAAGGACGAACCCCAACAUGCUCUUAUCGGGCCUCGCCUUCUGGACAACCUUAGAGCCAAUGACUUCCCCUUUGAGGAGAUUCCAGACACUUUGGACGGCGCUAAAGAGACUAUCGCGCGUCUUAUUGAAAGAUCUCUGCGAGAGAAAACCCCAGUAGCACUGAUUGUUCCACGAAAUACCUUUGCAGAAUACGAAUCCGACAAGGACGAGCUAGCGCAGGAGGUAUUGCGUGCCCCGGGAACAAGCUUCGUCAAAGCGAGACGUUGGCUCUCGCCGAUAGGACAAGAAGAUCUACCACUUUCUCGUGAAUUUACUAUCCGCCACGUACUUGAACACGUCAAGGAUACCGACGCCUCGGUCUCUUCCCUUGGUGGAAAUAGUCGCGAACUGUACAUGAUCCGCAAGGAGAAAGGGGAUGAUCUCGGACCGAACUUCUUCUGCAUUGGCGCUAUGGGUCAUGCAUUUGCUCUAGCUCACGGACUAGCCCUGGGGUUUCCAUCAUCCCGUGGUCGAGUCUGGUGCAUUGAUGGCGAUGGAUCAUUCCUGAUGCAUAUUGGUAAUAACGCUGUAUUAGCUGGGAUUGGCACGCAUUCAAAUGUCGUUCACAUAGUCAUUUUCAAUGCUGUAUACAGCUCAACAGGAAGUCAGCCGCUGAUGAUUUCCCCUGACAACUUCCUUGAUCUGGCCGAGGGACUUCCAUAUCGACAGAAAGUCUUUGUUGACAGUGUUGGUGGACUGCAAGCUGCCUUGCUUGCGGCUUCUGGUGGAACUCUGAUUGUUGUUGUUGUUAAUGAUAGGGUUUCUAAGAGCCUCCCGCGCCCGAAGGAGACAGUGGAAGAGUUGAGGGGGCUAUUUCUUAAGGCUCUUGCAUAGUGCUGGAGUUAUAUAUCUG